GCGGUCGUCACAAGUUUAUAUAGCCACAAAGUCAUAAACACCGCCCAUUUCUACAAUUGAUAUUCUUAAAAUCUAACCGCUGACCUUAUGCCUUAACCUUGAAUUAACACAAAAAAUUGUAGCCAAUUUUGACCUCGUAACUGUGGAAUCUGAUGAGAUCUAGCUAGCUAAAUCUUCUGGCUUGGAACAGUUCAGGGAUAACAAAUAAUGGCGACGCUUCUGGGGUUGGAGUCCCCUUGGACUGGAGGGAAACGAAGUGUUCGUAAUGGAAAUAUUACUGCAAAGAUCAGACAUAGUCAGAUCGUUGGCCGGGGUUUCAGCCGAGGGACACAGCUCCCAGAAGCUCUUCUCCAGGAGAGGGAUAAGCAGGCCAAAUGGCACAGUAUCCCCGAGCUGCUGCAGAAGCUCCAUGAAAGCAGCCAUCCCAACAGUGACCUCUCCCACACACACAGUGUACUAAAGGAACUAUCAUCCCUACUUUCCAUGGAGGCGAUGUCUUUUGUCACAGAAGACAGGAAGAGUGCUCAGGAAUCAACCUUUCCCAUCACAUACACCUUUGACCUCUUUGGUGGAGUCGAUCUGCUUGUAGAGAUCUUGAUGAGGCCUACACUCACUAUGCAAAAUAAGAAACCUAAAAUGAAUGAUGACUUGGUCAAUGACUGCCUUAGUGUUCUUUACAACUGCUGCAUAUGUACGGAAGGGGUAACAAAGAGCCUUGCAGCCAGAGACUACUUUGUCCUGUUUCUCUUUACCUUGAUGACGAACAAGAAGACUUUUCUACAGACUGCCACUUUAAUCGAGGAUAUUCUCGGAGUCAAGAAGGCGAUGAUCCAGUUGGAAGGGAUUGCUAACCUGUCUGGUCUGGUUCAGAGCUUUGACCAGCAGCAGCUGGCUAACUUCUGCCGCAUCCUCUCUGUCACAGUCUCAGAACCCGACGUGGGGAAUGAUGACAAACACACCCUGCUGGCCAAGAACGCCCAGCAGAAAAAAGACUCUAGCCUCUCACGUGCAGAGGUCAACCAAGUGACCCUCCUAAACAUCCCGGGCUUCAUCGAGCGCCUGUGUAAGCUGGCCACCAGAAACGUGUCUGAGGCCACGGGGUCGUCUAACUUCCUGCAGGAGCUGGAGGACUGGUACACGUGGCUUGACAACGCCUUGGUGCUGGACGCCCUCAUGCAGAUGGCCACGGAGGAGGCUGAGCACACCAGCACAGAGUUGUCAGACGAGAAUUCGUUGGCCACCAGUCCUCUCAGGCACCGCUUGCCCCAGUCCAUGAAGAUUGUCCAUGAGAUCAUGUACAAGGUGGAGGUGCUGUACGUGCUCUGUGUGCUGCUUAUGGGUAGUCAUAGGAACCAGGUACACAAGAUGCUAGCAGAGUUCCGUCUGAUCCCAGGUCUCAACAACUUGUUUGACAAGCUAAUCUGGAGGAAGUACACCUUAUCCAAUCAUGUGGUGCAUGGCCAGAAUGAGAACUGUGAUUGCAGUCCUGAAAUAUCCUUCAAGAUCCAGUUUCUGAGGCUUCUCCAGAGCUUCAGCGAACACCAUGAGAACAAGUACCUGCUUCUAAACAGUCAGGAGCUGAACGAGCUGAGUGCCAUCUCUCUGAAGGCCAACAUACCUGAGGUGGAGGCGUUAGUCAAUACAGACAGGAGUCUAGUUUGUGAUGGGAAGAAAGGUCUCCUCACUCGUCUCCUCACUGUCAUGAAGAAGGAGCCUCCAGACUCCUCCUUCAGGUUCUGGCAGGCCAGAGCAGUGGAGAGUUUCCCUCGUGGAGCCACCUCCUAUGCAGACCAGAUGUUUCUGCUGAAGAGGGGGCUGCUAGAAAACAUGCUGUUCUGCAUCAUAGACAGUGGCUGUAAGUCCAAAGAUGUCCUGCAGAGCUACUUUGACCUCCUGGGGGAACUCAUGAAGUUCAACAUCGACGCCUUCAAGAGGUUCAACAUAUACGUCAGCACAGAUAACAAGUUCCAGACUUUCAUGAGCCAGAUCAACAGUUCCCUGGUAGACUCCAACAUGCUGGUGCGCUGCAUCAUUCUCUCCCUGGACUGCUUCGAGACCCAGACAGAGGACAGAAAAGUGGUGGAGGUGCUGUCUGAAUGCUGUCUGCUGUCCUACUUGGCCCGGGAGGAGAACAGACUAUCUUUCCUCUUCAGGCUGGUCAACAUCAUCAACGUGCAGACUCUCACACAGGAGAAUGUGAGCUGUCUGAACACCAGCCUAGUGGUCCUGAUGCUGGCCAGGAGGAGGGGCAAGCUGCCCUUCUAUCUCAAGGCCCUGAGAGAGAAGGAGCAUGCAGAGAAGUACCCCGGCUGCCUGCUCAACAACUUCCACAACCUGCUGCGCUUCUGGCAGCAUCACUACCUCAACAGGGACAAGGACAGCACUUGUCUGGAGAAUAGCUCCUGCAUCCCCUUCAGCUACUGGAAAGAGACCGUGUCAGUGCUGCUGGGCUCAGACAGGACUUCUCUGUGUGUCAUAGCCAGCUACAUAGAUGAGCCCUUCAUGGACCUGGACAGGGACCUGCUAGAGUGUUAACCCUAGGAGAGUUUGGGCUGGGCUUGUGGGGGGUUGCUGGAGUAUGGACACCUAUCAUGGUUGAUGACCUCGCCAAAGAGCAUAGCCAGAUCAAGGGUCACUCAGCGACCUGGAAGUGCUAUGUGACUGCGGCAGGACACCAACUCGCUGCUAUGCUGUCUGUAACUUGGCCAGGGGGCCAUUACUGAAGAUGAGGGAGGAUUCUACGAUGCUGGGCAUCUUCACUCCUCGCUCCUUUUCUCUUUGUAGGAGAAGAAGAGAGACUGCACCUGUCUCUGUCCCAGACCCCACAGUAAAGAAAUAUACAUUUAUUGGACCUUGAAAUACUCCUUUGUUGGUGGUUUGCGUUAGGUAAAAUCAAAUGAAGCCUUUUAUAUAUUACAUAAAUAUAUGGGGAAAUCUAUUUGUAUGAUGCAGCAAAAUAGAUAUAUACAGUARCAGUCAGAAGUUUGGACACACCUACUCAUUCAAGGGAUUUUCUUUACUUGUACUAUUUUCUACAUUGUAGAAUAA